AUAGAAAAGACAAUGAGUCGCUCUUCUAUUUUAAAAUAAGAGAUCUUUACUGACUUAACGGAUUCGGAAUAGUUUUACAAAUACCCAUGGGAUUGAAAAUGGGACCAAAACUUUUAAAGUUUUUUAAGAGUGCCUAAAACUAGAGGAUUUACCCUACUUCUAUGAAAUUAUUAUAUAUAAUGUUGAGUAAGCAAUCUGAAAACUAAAUUUUAUUUCAGGUAUUAUCUAUGACAUCAAUGUGGAUGUACUUUUGUGCUUCCCAAGUAGGUUCAGUUUAUGUUCUUUGGCCUGACUGUAUAUAGUUCCUUUUGUAAGGCCUAUCACGUGUGGAACAGAAGUUUUCAAACAUCAGUAUUGUUUAAUUUGACAACAGGUUUCUUAAAAGUUUGGCAAUAUGCCGCAGAACGAGUAUAUUGAGCGUCACCGUAAGCUGUAUGGUAGGAGAUUAGAUUACUAUGAAAGGAAGAGGAAAAGAGAAGCUAGAGAGCCUCAUAAACGUGCUGAAAAGGCCAGGAAAUUAAGGGGAUUGAAGGCUAAAAUAUUUAAUAAAGAGAGACGCAAUGAGAAAAUACAGAUGAAGAAAAAGAUUAAAGCCCAUGAAGAGAAGCAGGUUAAACAGAAGCAUGAAAAAGUUAAGGAAGGUGCACUACCUGUAUAUCUUCUUGAUAGGGAUGUUCAGUCACAGGCUAAGGUAAUAUCGAAUAUGAUUAAACAGAAGAGGAAAGAAAAAGCUGGGAAAUGGGAUGUUCCAAUUCCUAAAGUUAGGGCGCAAGGAGAUUCUGAAGUAUUCAAAGUCAUUAAGUCUGGCAAAACGAAAAGAAAAGCUUGGAAAAGAAUGGUUACAAAAGUAUGUUUUGUUGGUGAAGGGUUUACUAGGAAACCCCCAAAAUUUGAAAGGUUUAUAAGACCUAUGGGUCUCAGAUUCAAUAAGGCUCAUGUUACACACCCUGAACUGAAAGCAACAUUCCAGCUACCAAUAAUUGGAGUCAAGAAGAAUCCAAGUUCUGCCAUGUAUACCUCUCUCGGUGUCAUAACCAAGGGUACUGUCAUUGAAGUUAAUGUUAGUGAAUUAGGACUUGUAACACAAGGUGGCAAAGUUGUUUGGGGUAAAUAUGCCCAAGUCACAAAUAAUCCUGAGAAUGAUGGAUGUAUAAAUGCUGUUCUCCUUGUUUAAUAAAUGUGCACCUAUAUAAAGUUGUUAAAUAAAGAGUAUUUAUUAUUUU